GGUGGCUUCUUAAUGUAAACUCAGAGGGCUAUGGUUUCCUGGGAAAGUCUCACAUGUGUAUAUUUCAUCUUACAGAAGGCCAACAACGUGUCGAAAUAGGUUUCACAGACUCUGCAUUUGUCACGUAACAAUGUCUGUUCAUUUCUCACAUAUAAUCUCAUGAUGAUAAAAAAGUUUUCAGUUGCUUUUAGACAAAUGGUUGAAAGAAAAUCAUUUGAGUCGGAAUGCCAUUAUGAUUCCUUAUGUUCCUGUAUCUCUGGCAUGUUGAUUGCUGGAGCCCCAGCUAUCUUACUCCACUCUAUUAAUAGUCACGAGUGAAGCGUGCAGUCACAUGUCACGUUCUGAAGAUAGCUAUUCGAGAGCCUGCAAAACACAGGUUAUCCCAUUAUAACACAUGAACGGGAACAGAGGCACUCACUCGUACAGUGACCCCCCCACAGCAAGCCCCCAUGUCAGCAGGCAGUAACGGUUAACUAACGGUUAGCUGCCAGACGAGAUGCACUGAAAGUGAGCUCCAUAACCUGAUAAGGCCUAUAGAGGAAGACGGCACAUUCUCAAAGGAUUUCAGAGCUGAUUGAGUAGAGCCACCCCACCCGUUGAAUGGCAGCCAUGUUAAUAUUUGCUUCCUAAAUUGCAUGUAAUUACAGGGUCUCCGUAUCCUUCCCUGAGGGCAAGUCUGGCGCAGUGUAAGGGGAGGAAAGGAAUGUGAGGGAAUAUUGGGAUAUUUCUUCUCAGCUCCUGAAGUCCCUGCCGCUGUGUACAUUGGGAAUGAUGAGUGAGCAUUUGGACUAUAGGCGAGGUUUCAUGUUCAGGCACAUCCCUUCACUUGGCCUCUCUUCCACAUGUGUUCAUGUGCACCUUUUUUUCUUCUCUCUCUCUCUCCCUCUCCCUCCCUCUUUCUUGUGUGUCAUCUGGUAUGUACGAGGGUGUUUACACACACUCUUCAAACAAGUCCAUGAGGAGGAACGGCUGUUUAGCAGCAAAAGCAGCAGAGAGAGAGGGAGAGAGAGAGAGAGGGAGAGAGAGAGAGAGAGAGAGAGAGAACGAAAGAGAGGGAAGACAGGGAAAAAGAGACAGAGGGGGAGGAUAGGAGACAGAACACAGAAUAAGAGGCGAAGGAGGAGAAGACGAACUAGUUUACUCCAGAGAUCAAUGCCGCUCUGAUCAGCAAGAUCUUUAAAGAGAGAACAGCUCCUGAGGGAAUAAACUCAGGCGUCUUUUUUAUCUCGUCGGAGUUUAUCCUCUUUGCUUGUAGCCCCCCCCCCCUAAAGGUACAUGAAUGGGGGUUAUCGGGCGGUAGGCUCAGGGCAUUAUGUUUGAGGGAGACCGGCCCUUUGUGACUCACUGCAGGCAUGACCUUCUCAGCCUCCUGGGAUGAAUUUGACAGGUAGGUUUUUCACUGCGCUGCGUUCUCAUUUCUUCAUUUCUUAGAAGCAUCUCAAAGGAGGAGAGCUGAACCAGCAUCAAGUGUCAGCUGUUCCGCCAGCCUAGUGAGGUGAAUCGUCUAGAGGCGAAUCAUCAAGCAGAUCUUAGACGGGUACUUUGGGACGUGGACUGCUUGUUGUAGUUGUUUAUGCACAUUAUUGUCAAGCAGGAUUGGUGUGAAGCAGGAUUCUAACAGGUUGCGUUGCAAUGUGGUACAGCAAGUUCAAGUUUUAUUUUUUAAAUCAGGGGCACGGCCGACUGGUUCGGGGUCAGUAAAGACGGCGAGGCAACGCAGCGAUGGCAGCGGAAAAGCCUGCGGCACUGCAGCCUGCGUUACGGGAAGCUGAAGCCGCAGGUGAUCCGUGAGAUGGACCUGUCCAGCCAGGACAACCUGUCCAUGACCAGCACAGAGACGCCGCCGCCACUCUACGUGCCCCCCGCACAGCAUGGCAUGCAGAAGAUUGUUGACCCGCUGGCGCGUGGCCGGGCCUUCCGCAUGGUGGAAGAGGUGGACGGCUUCAGCGUGCCUCAGACUCCCAUCACCCCCGGCGCCGCCUCGCUCUGCUCCUUCACCAGCUCCCGCUCCGGCUUCGGCCGCCCCCCGCGCCGCCGCAAGCGCGAGUCUGUCGCCAAGAUGAGCUUCCGCGCCGCUGCCGCACUGGUCAAGGGCCGCUCCCUGCGAGAGGGGACUCAUCGUCGGACCCACCGGCGCAGCUUCACCCCCGCCAGCUUCCUGGAGGAGGACACGGUGGACUUCCCCGAUGAGCUGGACACCUCCUUCUUCACACGGGACGGCCUGCUGCAGGAGGAACUCUCCACCUAUGCUGACGAGGUGUUUGAGACGCCCUCGGAGGCGGACAUUAAGGAGGCGGAGGCCAGCAAGGUGUCGGAGGAGAGUGAGCUGACGGGCAGCGCCCUGGAAAGGAGUGAGCUGGAGAGGAGCCACCUCAUGAUGCCUCUAGAGCGGGGCUGGAGGAAGGGUAAGGAGGGUCCGCUGGUCCAGCCGAAGAUGCGCCUACGGCAGGAGGUGGUGAGCCUGAGCGGACAGCAGCGGCGGGGCCAGCGCAUCGUGGUGCCUGUGCAGAAGCUGUUCGCCCGCGAGAAGCGCCCCUACGGCCUAGGCAUGGUGGGCAGGCUCACCAACCGCACCUACCGCAAGCGCAUCGACAGCUACGUCAAGAGGCAGAUCGAGGACAUGGACGACCACAGGCCUUUCUUCACGUACUGGAUCACUUUUGUCCACCUGCUCAUCACCAUCCUGUCUGUGUGUAUCUACGGCAUCGCUCCCGUGGGCUUCUCACAGCAUGAGACUGUGGACUCUGUGUUAAGAAACAAAGGGGUUUAUGAAAAUGUCAAGUUUGUUCAACAAGAGAACUUCUGGGUGGGACCCAGCUCAGAGGCUCUGAUCCAUCUGGGGGCCAAGUUCUCCCCCUGCAUGCGGCGGGACCAGGAGGUCCACGAGCUGAUCCAGGAGAAGAGGGAGCAGGAGAGACACUCGGCCUGCUGCGUGAGGAACGACCGCUCCGGCUGCUUGCAGACCUCACAGGAGGAGUGCUCAAGUACUCUGGCUGUGUGGGUGAAGUGGCCUAAUCACCCCAGUGCUCCAAUCUUGGAUGGCAAAGUGCGUCAGUAUGGCUCUGUGUGCCACCAGGACCCCAGAAUCUGUCUGGAGCCAGCCUCAGUGUCUCCUCAUGAGUGGCCUGAUGACAUCACUAAAUGGCCUAUCUGCACCAGGUACAACACGGGGAACCACACCAACCUGCCCCACAUCGACUGUGCCAUCACCGGCCGGCCCUGCUGCAUCGGCACCAAGGGCAGGUGUGAAAUCACCUCCAGAGAGUACUGUGACUUCAUGAGGGGUUCCUUCCAUGAGGAGGCCACACUCUGCUCCCAGGUGCACUGCAUGGAUGACGUGUGUGGCCUGCUGCCAUUUCUCAACCCAGAGAUCCCAGAUCAGUUCUACCGCCUAUGGCUCUCCCUGUUCCUGCAUGCUGGGAUCCUGCACUGCCUGGUGUCUAUGUUCUUUCAGAUGACCAUCCUGAGGGACCUGGAGAAGCUGGCAGGCUGGCUCAGGAUCUCCAUCAUCUACAUCCUCAGUGGCGUCACGGGCAACCUGGCCAGCGCCAUCUUCCUGCCUUACAGAGCCGAGGUUGGCCCGGCGGGAUCUCAGUUUGGCAUCCUGGCCUGCCUGUUCGUGGAGCUCUUCCAGAGCUGGCAGAUCUUGGCCAGCCCGUGGCGCGCCUUCGCCAAGCUGCUGUGCGUGGUGCUCUUCCUCUUCGCCUUCGGCCUGCUGCCCUGGAUCGACAACUUUGCGCACGUCUGCGGCUUCGUCUCGGGCUUCUUCCUGUCCUUCGCCUUCCUCCCCUACAUCAGCUACGGCCGCGCCGACAUGUACCGCAAGCGCUGCCAAAUCAUGGCCUCGCUGACCUUCUUCCUGGGCCUGCUGGCCGGCUUCGUGGUGCUCUUCUACGUCUACCCGGUCAAGUGCGAGUGGUGCGAGCUGCUCACCUGCAUCCCGCUCACCGACAAGUUUUGUGAGAAGUACGACCUCAACGCCCACCUCCACUGAGGCCUUUCACCUGGAAGACGGGAGAGAAGAGAGGGAUGGAGAAAACGAGAGAACAUGGGAGAACCAGAGUAGAGCAGAAGAGAGGAGAGGAGGCACAGUAAUGGUGCUACCCCUCCCCAAAGCUAGCCAGAGUUUAUAAGCUCUAGACUAGUAUGGCCUCCAUGUGUAUGUGUGUGUGUGUGUGUAUUUUUUCAACUCCUUUUUUUUAAUGCACUUCACGAAACAGAUCAAGGGUUGUAUGUUUCUGUUGUUGUUUGUUGUUGUUGUUUUGUUUUUAAUGCUAGAGUCUCAGAUAUGUCUUCCCCAGGGGGGAAGAUACCUAGAAACAUACCUUUGGUGCCUUGCCAAUGAACUCUCAGUUCCAAACCAACUAUUGCCAUAUCGAGUAUGUUCCACUAGAUCUGGGCACUGCAACGGUAACCUGUAAUGUGUGUAUGUACUGCUGCUGCAGUGAUGAUGAAUGUCUGGUAGUGUUUUAGCUACCUGCUUAUCCAUAAUGGAGAAUAUAGCAAGAGAGUAAAAAAGCUUGAGGCUCUCUGACUGAUUUUUGACUGCUUGUUUUCAUUGGAUGUGUGUCUGAACUAUGUCUAAACCUGUAGUUGUAAGGUACAGA